GAUAGAAAUAAUACUAUCAAUAUAAAAUAUAAUUCAACAUUAGAUAAUACAAAGUUAGAUGCUUAUGUACGUGCUUGUGAUGAGGCCUUACUAAGCCGUGAUGGAUAUCGAAAACUUGCUGCUGUAGAAUCAUGA